GCGUGGCUGCUGUGUGGCUCUUGGAGGUGCUAGGAGUCGCUUCGUGGGUUUCCGUAAACAGAGCCGAAGCUGGAUCUUCCGAAUCCAGGAGGUGCGCGCGUCUCCGGGGAUUAUCUUCUUCGGCAGUUUCCGGAAUUCACCCGUAGUCCGGAGCCGAGAGGAGAAGGCGCGCCCCCCUCCCGUUCCUAGCUGUUUCGGAUGUUUCCGGCUGUUGCUGGCGGAAAGAGCCGAGGGCUGGCGGUGGUGGCGGCCAUGUUGGGAGCAGCAGGUCCGGCGGCGGCUGCCUGUGUGCCGGGCGCGGAGCAGUGCGGCUGAGGGCAGGGGAGGAGCGAGGCAGGCGGCCGGCUGCGGCGGCAGAGAGUAGGCGGAGCGGCGCGGCCGGGCCGAAAGGCGGCACAGCCCAGCCGGGGGUCGGGGGGGUGCGGUUCGGAGCCGGCGAGGCCUAGCCCGAGCGGUGCAUCCCCGGGCUGGCGUGAGCGGUUGCCCGGCCUCCCCGCACCCCCGGCCGGGGCCCAUGCAGCGGGUGCUCCUGCUGUGAGAAGCCCCGCCCGGCCGGGCUCCGACCCUUUCCUUCCCUCCAGUCCUCCAAGCUUCUCCGUUCCCUCCCCUGAGAUACCGGCGCCAUGUCCAGCGCCCGGACCCCCCUACCCACGCUGAACGAGAGGGACACGGAGCAGCCCACCUUGGGACACCUUGAUUCCAAGCCCAGCAGUAAGUCCAACAUGCUGCGGGGCCGCAACUCAGCCACCUCUGCUGACGAGCAGCCCCAUAUUGGCAACUACCGGCUCCUUAAGACCAUUGGCAAGGGUAACUUCGCCAAGGUGAAGUUGGCCCGGCACAUCCUGACGGGGAAAGAGGUCGCUGUGAAGAUCAUUGACAAGACACAGCUGAACUCCUCCAGCCUUCAGAAACUAUUCCGAGAAGUAAGAAUAAUGAAGGUUUUGAAUCAUCCCAACAUAGUUAAGUUAUUUGAAGUGAUCGAGACUGAGAAGACACUCUACCUUGUCAUGGAGUACGCCAGUGGCGGAGAGGUAUUUGAUUACCUGGUGGCCCACGGGAGGAUGAAAGAGAAAGAAGCUCGAGCCAAAUUCCGCCAGAUAGUGUCUGCUGUGCAGUACUGUCACCAGAAGUUUAUUGUUCAUAGAGAUCUAAAGGCAGAAAACCUGCUCUUGGAUGCUGAUAUGAAUAUCAAGAUUGCAGACUUUGGCUUUAGCAACGAAUUCACAUUUGGGAACAAGCUGGAUACUUUCUGUGGCAGUCCCCCUUAUGCUGCCCCAGAACUCUUCCAGGGAAAAAAAUACGAUGGUCCUGAGGUAGAUGUGUGGAGCCUGGGAGUCAUCCUCUAUACGCUGGUCAGCGGAUCCCUGCCUUUUGAUGGACAGAACCUCAAGGAGCUGCGGGAACGGGUACUGAGGGGAAAAUACCGUAUUCCGUUCUACAUGUCCACUGACUGUGAAAACCUGCUGAAGAAAUUUCUCAUUCUUAAUCCUAGCAAGAGAGGCACUUUAGAGCAAAUCAUGAAAGAUCGGUGGAUGAACGUGGGGCAUGAGGACGAUGAGCUGAAGCCGUACGUGGAGCCACUCCCUGACUACAAGGACCCCCGACGGACAGAGUUGAUGGUAUCGAUGGGUUAUACUCGGGAGGAGAUCCAGGACUCACUGGUGGGCCAGAGGUACAACGAGGUGAUGGCCACCUAUCUGCUCCUGGGCUACAAGAGCUCUGAGCUGGAAGGUGACACCAUCACCUUGAAGCCCCGGCCUUCAGCUGAUCUGACCAACAGCAGUGCCCCAUCCCCAUCCCACAAGGUACAGCGCAGCGUCUCCGCCAACCCCAAGCAGCGGCGCUCCAGCGACCAGGCUGUCCCUGCCAUUCCCACCUCCAAUUCCUACUCUAAGAAGACUCAGAGUAACAACGCAGAAAAUAAGCGGCCUGAGGAGGACCGGGAGACAGGACGGAAAGCCAGCAGCACCGCCAAAGUGCCUGCCAGCCCCCUGCCUGGCCUGGAGAGGAAGAAGACCACCCCUACCCCCUCCACGAACAGCGUCCUUUCCACCAGCACAAACCGAAGCAGGAACUCGCCACUUUUGGACAGGGCCAGCCUUGGCCAGGCCUCCAUCCAGAAUGGGAAAGACAGCCUAACCAUGCCAGGGUCCCGGGCCUCCACGGCUUCUGCUUCUGCCGCGGUCUCUGCGGCCCGGCCCCGCCAGCACCAGAAAUCCAUGUCGGCCUCCGUGCACCCCAACAAGGCCUCUGGGUUGCCCCCCACGGAGAGUAACUGUGAGGUGCCGCGGCCCAGCACAGCCCCCCAGCGUGUUCCUGUUGCCUCCCCCUCCGCCCACAACAUCAGCAGCAGUGGUGGAGCCCCAGAACGAACUAAUUUUCCCAGAGGUGUGUCCAGUCGAAGCACGUUCCAUGCUGGGCAGCUCCGACAGGUGCGGGAUCAGCAGAAUCUGCCCUAUGGUGUGACCCCAGCCUCUCCCUCUGGCCACAGCCAGGGCAGGCGGGGGGCCUCUGGGAGCAUCUUCAGCAAGUUCACUUCCAAGUUUGUCCGCAGAAAUCUGUCUUUCAGGUUUGCCAGAAGGAACCUGAAUGAACCUGAAAGCAAAGACCGAGUGGAGACGCUCAGACCUCACGUGGUAGGCAGUGGAGGCAAUGACAAAGAAAAGGAAGAGUUUCGGGAGGCCAAGCCCCGCUCCCUGCGCUUCACGUGGAGUAUGAAGACCACAAGCUCCAUGGAGCCCAACGAGAUGAUGCGGGAGAUCCGCAAGGUGCUGGACGCGAACAGCUGCCAGAGCGAGCUGCACGAGCGAUACAUGCUACUGUGCAUGCACGGCACGCCAGGCCACGAGAACUUCGUGCAGUGGGAGAUGGAGGUGUGCAAACUGCCCCGGCUGUCUCUCAACGGUGUUCGGUUUAAGCGGAUAUCGGGCACCUCCAUGGCCUUCAAAAACAUUGCCUCCAAAAUAGCCAACGAGCUGAAGCUUUAACAGGCUGUCAGGAGGGGGGCAGCAGAGACCACCUGUGGACUUGGCUGCUGAGGUCAGCCCUGCACCCCCGGGCCAGACUGCAGGAUGGAUUGGUGUCUCCCCUGCUGGCACUUGUCCCCUCCCAGGUCCUUCUGGUUUGUUUCUUCCAUGUUUGUGGGGGAUGGGAAUGGUCUUUCCCCCCUCACAUUCGCCCCUGCCCGGAAGUUCCCCCUUCCCCUCUCCCCCCAACAGGAGGCAAAGGAAGGGGAGGGGGCGGGGGGGGCAGGGCUCCCCCUCGGUACCGCGGUUGCACAGAGUAUUUCGCCUAAACCAAGAAAUUUUUUAUUACCAAAAAGAAAAAAAGAAAAAAAAAAUUCCCAGCGGCCACCUUUCCUCCCUGCCCCAUCGGGACAGUCGAGACUGGAUCUGUGGGGUUCCCGGGAGGGUGGCUCAGGGCUGGAACUCAGGCAAGAGUGGUGGAGCUCCCUGGCAGGCCCUCCGCCAGGCCCACGUCGGGCUUCUCCCCUCUCCCCCUCCCCCCAGCGACCCACCAGAGGUGGCCUUCCCCGCCCUGGGCCGGCCUGCAGGCCUGGGCGCUGGGGCGGGCGGGGUCCUGCAAGGCCCUGGCAGGGCGGGCGGGGCCCCGGCCCCUCCACACUGUAUCCUCUGCCCUCCUUCCCCAGAGCUGGGCAUUUUCUUCCACGAGCUGCUGUGGGGACGUUGGUUCCCCUCCUCAAGUCUGUGCCAUCUUUUCCCGCCCUCCCUCCGGUGGAAGGCGGGGCUGACCCCAGGGCUGCAGAGGGGAGGACGCGGCUCCUCGGCCGGGUUGGCCAGGAGUCUUUGUCUGGAAGCACAGCCCCUCGCCGCUCCCCACCGCUUCCCCUCCAUUGGCAUUAAUCUGGGCACCACUCAUCUCUCAGCCUUGCCUUUUCUUCCUGACACUGUCGCCCCUCCUCUCAGGAGACUGCCCAGGGCCUCCGCGGCCGCCUGGCGGAAGGCUGGACGGGCGGCAUGGCCGGGAGCCCCUGCCCUUCGUGGGGUGGGGGACAGCUGGGCGGAGGGACUCCCCGCUUGCCAACCUCCAGCCAGCGUGAGUGGUGGCCACGGGCGCUGGGCUGGUGGCGGCCACUGCAUCCCUUAAUUUAUUUCUCUGCUGUUUCAGUUCUUGAGAAAUCGGGGGAGUCCUACAGAGGCUGCCCCUGUCCUCACCUGAGUUGUACAUUUUUUUUUUUUGUGAUGGGUUUUAUUUUUUAUCUUA